GCUGUGGGCCGACGGUGUAUGACCAUGCACACCUUGGGCAUGCUUGCUCUUAUGUUAAGUUUGAUAUUAUUCGAAGGAUAAUAACCAAGAUAUUUGGAAAGGAAGUAGUCAUGGUGAUGGGGAUCACAGACAUAGAUGACAAAAUAAUUAAAAGAGCUAAUGAGAUGAAUAUAUCACCAGUGAUGCUUGCCCGCUUUUAUGAGGAAGACUUUAAGCAAGACAUGGAGGCGUUAAAGGUUCUUCCUCCUACGAUAUAUAUGAGAGUAACUGAAAAUAUUCCUCAGAUCAUUGCUUUUAUACAGCAGUUGGUUACCAGUGGACAUGGUUAUUCAACCUCCAAAGGUAAUGUUUAUUUUGACAUCCUUUCUCGGGGAGACAGAUAUGGAAAACUGAGACAUAUUUCUCUUGAUGCUCAAGAAGAACUGGCUGUUGAAAGCGAUAAGCGUCAUGUGAAGGAUUUUGCUCUUUGGAAGGCAGCCAAACCUCAAGAAAUGUGCUGGGAUUCUCCCUGGGGAAAAGGAAGACCUGGCUGGCACAUUGAGUGCUCCACAAUAUCCAGUUUAGUCUUUGGGCGACACUUGGAUAUCCAUACUGGUGGAAUAGAUCUUGCGUUUCCCCAUCAUGAAAACGAGAUUGCUCAGUGUGAAGCUUAUCACCAGUGCCAGCAAUGGGGAAAUUAUUUUCUACAUACUGGACAUCUGCAUGUUAAAGGGAGCGUGAAAAUGUCAAAAUCACUAAAAAACUACAUUACAAUUAAGGAUUUCUUGAAGAAGUCUUCACCCAAUCAGUUUAGAAUGUUUUGUUUGCGAAGUGGGUACAGAUCAGCUACAGAAUAUAGUGAUGAAAGCUUGAAUGAUGCAAAGAACGUUCUUCACACCAUCUCUUCAUUUAUGAGCACUGUGACUGCCUACAUGAAAGGGCAACUCAACUGUGAUGCCAUUAGGGAAGAUGUACUGUGGGAAAGGCUGUCCCAUACUAAAGCAAUAGUAAAAGCUGCCUGUGCUGAUGACUUCGACACCCCCAGGGCUGUUGGUGCAAUUAUGGACCUCAUUCACCAUGGCAACAGACAGCUUAAGGCCGUCGCUAAGGAAGCUGGGUCUCCUAGAAGUGCUGUGGUGUUUGGAGCCAUCGUCUCCUAUAUACAGGAAUUUCUUAGCACAACCGGAAUUACCCUUGAUGAUAGACAGGUUGCUCUAGAAUGCAAGGAUUCGGCCCUGCUGUCCAGUGUGAUUGACGAGCUAGUGAGCUUCCGGAUCCAAGUGCGUGAUUUUGCUCUGGCUCCACCUGAAAUGACAGGCGUGCCUGCUGAAGGCACCGCCCUGUCGAAAGAAGCAAAACAACAACAGAAGGAGAAAAGGCGGCAGCUGUUACAGGAGAGACAACCUCUUCUGCAAGCAUGUGACCGCCUGCGCCAAGACCUAGCUGUAUACGGGAUCAACAUAAAGGACAGAAGUACAACUUCGACGUGGGAACUCGGAGAGCCCAUUAAAGAACUGGAGAAGAGUUGAUGCAAAUAUGGAGUAC